ACAGCUUAUCCAUUCAUAAACAUCUCCUUAGCAAGACAUCAAAAAUUAGAUUCGGCAACGUUUAAAAACGUUUAAAUCCUGCUCUUAAAACUUUAGAUAAACCAACUACAGCAACCGAAUCUAGUUGUUGUGUGUCUAGAGGCGAAAAUAUUAGACUAACCACAAUGAACGAAUCUUUUUGGGACAAAAGCUCUACAGCAUCAUUAUUUGUAUAAUUUCCUAUGGUUUCCGUUUUUGUUUAAUGACUCCCGCAGCCCCACACCUGCAGAAAAUGUGGCUAACUCGAGUUUUUCGGGACUGGGGAGCAAGGAGAUUGGUGACAAGACGAACAAGGAAACCGUGUGGCCUUGGCAAUGAGCAGCCAACAUCAACCAGACAACAACUAUCUUCCUGUUACCAACCGAGCUCCAGUACUAGUUACUCCCAGCGAGCCUCGCCACCACUGUGUAACUUUCGCUCCCCAAUCAUCCUCUCCUGCCGCUCCAUAUCGACCGAGAUGCCUCAGCUCUCCGACGAAAAGGCAAAAUUUACUGCCCCUGAUGGCCUUUCCACGAAGUACAGGGUGGAGGAAGUCCACCGUUACAUGGUGGACUGCAUGACAGCUGUUGGCACCCCUCAGGCCCAUGCAGCUGCCCUGGCAGAUGUGCUUGUUGCAGCUGACCGCCGUGGCCACUACAGCCAUGGCCUCAACCGUCUGGAGAUGUAUGUCAAUGAUGUGAAACAGAAGGUGUGUGAUGGCAGUGCAGUGCCCACCAUCACUAAGGAGAGUGUUUCCACUGCACUUGUUCAUGGUAACAAUGGCCUCGGACCUGUGGUGGGCAACUUCUGUAUGGACCUUGCCAUCAAGAAGGCCAAGGAGACAGGCAUUGGCUGGGUCUGCACCCGAGGAAGCAAUCACUAUGGCAUUGCUGGGUGGUACUCCAUGCGGGCCACUAAGGAAGGACUCUUGGGAAUGAGUGUGACCAACACAUCUCCCUUGGUGGCUCCCACCCGUGCCAAGAAGGCUGCCCUUGGCACCAACCCCAUCUCAGUGUCAGCACCAGGGAAGGAUGGGGACGACUUUGUGUUGGACAUGGCAACCUGUGUGGUGGCAGUGGGGAAGAUUGAAGUGGAACGCAGGAAGAACAAGCCCAUUCCCGAGGGCUGGGCCAUAGAUAAAGAGGGACAAAUUACUACUGAUGCCAAUGAGGGCAUGCAUGGAGCCCUUAUGCCUCUUGGAGGCCCUGAGCUACAUUCAGGAUACAAGGGUUACGGUCUCGGCAUGCUAGUGGAGGUCUUCUGUGGCAUCAUGUCAGGAGGUCAGUAUGGACCAAAUGUAAGAAAAUGGAUGAACACUGACAGGGAGGCAGAUCUGGGCCAGGCCUUCAUGGCACUGGACCCGUCUUUCUUUGCUCCGGGCUUUGAGGAUCGCAUGAGCGACUUGAUGAACCACUGCCGCAACAUGGAACCAGCUGAUGCCAGCAAGCCAGUCAUUGUUGCUGGAGACCCGGAGCGCCAACACAUCAACAAGGUGGAACAGGACGGUGGCAUUACUUACCAUAUCAAUCAGAUCAAUGACUCAUGGAAGCUGGCCAUGGCCCUGGGCGUCAAGCCAAUGGAGUGAAGUGGUGCAACACGGAAAGCAACCACAUUCACCUGUUAUGCUCAGACAUGUUCAGGGGAUCAUAUGCUAAGUUUUCUUAAGCUUAAAAGCCAUGCUCCAUUGCACUCUUCCACAAUGCAGGCACUUGUCACUUCUUACUCAGUAUACGUUCAGGUUGUUGUUAUGGUUUUGUUACACUGUUAAUAGAAUGUUUUUGUUAUUCUAUGGAUGUUUUAUUUGAUGUUAAAGAUUCUAAUUAGUUUGUUUUCUAUCAGUAUAAUAGGUUUAAUGCAUUCAAAUUCAAUUUCAAAGCUUUGCAUUUAACAGAACAACACUAAGAUUUUGGGCAAUGCCAGUUCAGUAGGCAUUUAUGAAGGAUUUUAGUAUGUAAUUCAUUAUAUGCUGAACAUUAACAUAGCCAAAUGCAAUGUCAACAACUAAACUUCCGUGUUAUCAGCAUUCCAAUUCCAUUUUUCUCACACCAUGACAAUCAUGGCUUGCAUUGACUGCCACUCAGUACAAACACUGUUGUUAAAUGAAUGCCUGAGACUCGUUUAAUUGCUCAAUUUGUUAAGACAUACUUGUAGGAAAAACUAAACUAAACAGGCAAUUAAAUCUACCUAAUAUUCAAUGCAUAACUUUCAUGUGAUGUCUCAGUCUGGUGCUACAUUUAGUACUGUUAAUGGAUUGAUUAGUGGGGACAUUAGAAAUAAUAUCUCUGGUACAUGCUCUUUCCUGCACCUUUGAAGUAGACCAGUGGUGGUGGUCUUUGACACAAUGCCUUUACAAUUCCCAUCUUGCCCUUCAGCGGGAGAGUUUAGGAUAUGCAUUAAAGCAAUAAAACAUAAAUGCAAGAAAAGCAGCUAAUGACAAUUAUAAUCAGUUCCUAAAGCUAGCAUAACUGUUCCUAUAUUGAGAAGAUCCAGCUAUAUAAUCAACAUACAUACCAUAUGAUCACAUUUUGCACCACUGCCUUGUGAGUUUUAUUGGAAAACACUCCAGACAUUUGUGCAUGAUACACACAGAGAGUUAAAGAAAUCUCACUUUUUUGUCAUGGUGAAGGUAGGGAUGCCUUUGAUAUACACUUCAUUUUGCUAUGUAUUUCAUUGCUCUGUUACUCUUCACAGUGACUACAUAUCUGUAUACACUCGUCACUUAACUAUUACCAUACAAAUGGGUAAUGCUAAUUCAUUGCUGAAGAAACAUGACCUCAAAGUGGCCUAGACUGUAAACUUAGAUCCUAUGGGUUUUUAGGCUAAGAUUUUAAAUGCAAUUUGUUUCAUCAGUCUGACAGGCUGGUCACCUUAGAAUUACAUAAGUCAAGCAAGGCACAUCAGCCUCAACCAUCACUGGUGAAGAAUACUUGUAUAUCAAUAAAGUAAUUUUUCAAAUGAUGCUUUAA